AUGACUGCGGCAUCACAUCUGCUAUUACUAUUUUACUGCACUGAUGUGACACCAAAAGACCAACCGCGACCUUUCCCUGAUGGCUUCAUGUUCGGAGUAUCAACAGCUGCGUACCAAAUUGAGGGGGCCUGGAAUGAGGAUGGUAAAGGUGCAUCAAUAUGGGACACACUCACUCACAUGGACCCGUCUCCAAUUAAAGAUCACAGCACCGGAGACGUCGCAGUGGAUUCAUAUCAUCUUUACAAACACGAUAUCGAAAUCAUGAAAGAACUUGGCGUACAUUUCUAUCGGUUCUCUAUAUCCUGGCCAAGAAUUUUGCCGGAUGGUUUCAUUCAUAACAUCAAUGAAGCUGGUUUAAAAUAUUACGACAAUCUCAUUGAUGAAAUUGUUAGAGCUGGUAUCACACCUUUCGUCACUAUAUAUCACUGGGAUUUACCUGAAGUUUUGCAACGACUUGGAGGAUGGGCGAAUCCGCAUAUAGUGAACUGGUUUGCUGAUUACGCUAAGAUUGUAUACGACAGAUACGCCAAUAAAGUUCCGUACUGGAUAACUAUAAAUGAACCUAAACAGAUUUGUUAUGAAGGAUAUGGCUCGGACGCGAAAGCUCCUAUGCUAAAUUUGAGUGGAAUAGCUGAGUAUUUAUGUGCUAAAAAUGUACUUUUAGCUCACGCUAAAGCAUAUAGGCUUUAUGAUGAUAAGUAUAGGAAAGUUCAUAAUGGGAGUGUUGGGAUUUCUAUCAGCUGUUCUUGGUAUGAACCGGCGACUGAUACAAAUGAACAGGACAUCCAGGCUGCGCAGGAUGCGCGACAGUUUGAUUGGGGUUUAUAUGCCCAUCCGAUUUUUUCCUACAACGGUGACUUUCCACACGAAGUGAAGAAGAAUAUUUACCACAAAAGUGCUGAGCAAGGUUUCCCGAAAUCUCGCCUCCCGCGAUUAUCAGCUGAAGACGUGAGCAAUAUCAAAGGGUCCUCAGAUUUCUUCGGAAUGAAUAGUUAUACGACGAAAUUGAUUUACAGAGAUGCUUCUUUAGAGGGAAUGUAUCCAACACCUUCAUACAUGGAUGAUAUUAGUGCCGUGUUUGUAAAGGACCCAACGUGGCCACAGGCGAAAUCAUCUUGGUUACAAUCAGUUCCCUGGGGUUUCUACAAGUUGAUUAAAGAAGUGUCAAAACUUUACGACCGACCACCAAUAUUUAUAACAGAAAACGGAUGGUCCUCAGGCCUUGGAUUGCUAGACGAAGAGAGAAUAAAUUAUUUUAAACGUUAUAUGAACGCCAUGUUGAACGCUAUUGACGAGGGUUGUCAGGUAAAAGCUUAUAGCGUUUGGAGUUUGAUGGAUAAUUUCGAAUGGAUGAACGGGUAUACUGAAAAAUUCGGACUUUAUGAAGUAAAUUUCGGCACAUUAGAGCGAUAUCCUAGAAAGUCUGCGUACUUUUAUAAAGAAGUUAUACGAACCAACUCUUUGGAUCUUUACUAUGAACCAGAAAACUUAACAGAAGCCGGACAUUCUGCGAGAAGCAGAACUACAGCAGACGACGAUAACGAAUUAAUUUAAUAAUGAAUUACUUUUUCACAAAUGAGUUUUACAUGUACCUAAUUAAGUAUUCCGUGGAGCAAUUGACGCGGUGAAUUCGACAAUGGAAAUGAAAAACAUCGAUUCGAAAGUAUUGUUUAUUGUGUGAUGGAUUUUUUUACUUAUACCUUGACUGAGGGGACUGCCUAACGAUACGCCUCCAAUCUUAAACGCUAAGUAUAAAAGAGACUUUAUUCUGUCUUUAAUGAAGACGGAGUAAAAUGGCUUGAAGGGCUGCCAGCUUUCAUAAAUUUUUAAAUAGUUAUGUAGUUGUUGCCGAUAGUUUUAUCGAUAGAUUGUUAAAGAAGAUAAACAUUUGCGAAAAAUGACUGAAUUGCGAAUAUUACGACGUUCUAAUGAUCACUAAUUGCGUUAUUGCAUUAUUUAUUAUUAUUUU